CCAGCAGCUGGACUGUCCCGGGCUCCGCUUCUCCCAUGGCUCCUGCAGGUCUCCCAGCCUCCCUUCCUCUGUGUGUGUGUCUGCUGCAGAUCUCUGGCUUUGCCCAGGCAGGCAGGCUGCUGCUGGUGCCCAUGGAUGGGAGCCACUGGUUCACCAUGCAGAUGGUUGUGGAGAAACUCCUCCACAGGGGGCAUGAGGUGGUGGCAGUUGUGCCAGAGGUGAGUUGGCAACUGGGAAAAUCCCUGAAUUUGACAGUGAAGACAUACUCAACUUCUCACACUCUGGAGGAUAUGAACCGUGAGUUCAAGUGUUUUUCUGACACUCCAUGGAAAAAUCAGGAUCAAAGUAUGUUUUCUUUUCUGACAGGCUCAGCCAAACAUUUCUUUGAAUUAUUAUUUUCACAUUGUAGAGAUUUGUUUAAUGACAAGAAGUUAGUGGAGUUCUUGAAGCAGAGUUCUUUUGAUGCUGUGUUUAUGGACCCUCUUGAUGUGUGCGGCUUAACUGUGGCCAAGUAUUUGUCGCUCCCUUCGGUGAUCUUCGCAAGAGGUAUAUUUUGUCACUAUCUGGAAGAAGGUGCCCAGUGCCCCAGUCCACUGUCUUAUGUUCCCAGAGGUCUCUUGAAAUUCACAGACACCAUGACUUUCAAGGAGAGAGUGUGGAACCACCUCUCCUACAUGGGGGAGCGUGCAUUUUGUCCCCAUUUUUUCAAAACUGCUACAGACAUUGCUUCUGAAGUUCUCCAGACUUUGGUGACAAUGGAUGACCUCUUCAGCCAAGUGUCUAUUUGGUUGUUACGCUCAGACUUUGUGUUAGAUUUCCCCAGACCUGUGAUGCCCAACAUGGUGUUCAUUGGUGGGAUCAACUGCCAACAAAGAAAGCCAAUUUCUAAGGUAUGUUAUUUGUUGUUUAGCACAUGAAGAGUGCCCUGGGUUUUGACAAUAAAAAAGAAAUUCUUUACUGAGCUGUAAUUUAUUGUUUAUAUCACUGCAUAUGGAAUAUCUUCCUGGGUUGUAGAAUUGUUUUGUGCCUAUUCACUAACUGGGAAACAAUUCCAUAUAGGUGCCCUAUUCAUAUGUCCAUGUACACCUGUGGCAAUAGUGCAUAUAUGUUCCAAGCUACAAUCUAAAUUUAAAUAUCUAUGUAUGCCUUCCUAUUUGUGUGUGUGUGGCAGGGGCAAUGCAAUUAGGUAGUGGAGGGGACAAAGAAAACUUUCCUGUGGAGUGAAAGAGACAAUAAUGGUACACAUGUCCCAUGAAAACAGAAAAGGGAGCACUCAGAGGUAGAAGAGAACAUAUGGAGAGUAAGGGUAACUAGAAAAGACUGGGGUAAACAGAAAAGACAAAAUGCCUGAAAAAUGCAUUAAUGCCACUGAAUACUCUGUAUGUUAACUUUAAAAAGUGAUUUGAAGAGACAAAAACUUUCAAGCUACAUUAUACUAUUUUUCAGAAAUUUUUGAGAAUUUUCAAGCCAU